AUGUGUUCUCUCGAGAGACUGAAUCUGUGCAAUGAUCUCAUUUACAAAAUAGCAGUUGACAGUAAAUCACGUAAAUUUGUAUCUCACAUCUUCAAAGCAACAAAAGAACAGCCUGCAUGUUCUCACAUACAGAACGGUAUUUUGAAGGACUAUGUAACGAGGAUUAACUCACUGUCAUUUCUACACGUUUACCGAAUUGUAUUACGUCUCGAAGCCAUGGAGCGCAGGGAUUGGCUUUUGCAAAUCAAGAACACGCUCAACGCUCUGACUAAGAAAAGAAUAUUACUGUACAUAUUAAGGAAAAACACAUUUAUUAGACCGAUUCUGUCGGAGUGUUUGUUCCAAUUUAAUACGCGAACAGGCAUUUGGAGUGCUGAGGACACGAGAAAUAGCUUCUGGUCCAUUUGGAAUUUGAGCAUAGAUGAAUUUUAG